AUGGAGGACGACUCGGACACUUGUCCAGAGCUCAUCGGGGUUGUGAUCGGGGCUGCCCUGGUCCUUGUUGGUGGAGGCAUCUUUCUCGUAUACAGAAGGGUAAAACAGGCCCGGCAGCUGCAGCCCACCACUCCACAGUAUAGGUUCCGCAAGAGGGACAAGGUGAUGUUCUAUGGCCGGAAGAUCAUGAGGAAGGUGUCCACCCUCCCCAAUACACUUGUGGGGAGCAGUGCUGUACCCCGGCAGCGGGUGAGGAAGAGGACCAAGGUGCUGUCUCUGGCCAGAAGGAUCCUGCGCUUCAAGAGAGAGUACCCCAGCCUACAGCCCAAGGAGCCCCCGCCCUCCCUGCUGGAGGCUGACCUCACCGAGUUCGACGUCAAGAGCUCUCACCUGCCGUCGGAGGUCUUGUACAUGCUGAAGAACGUGAGGGUCCUGGGCCACUUUGAGAAGCCACUGUUCUUGGAGCUCUGCAAGCACAUGGUGUUUGUGCAGCUGCGUGAGGGGGAGUACAUGUUCCAGCCGGGCGAGCCUGACGACAGCGUGUACGUGGUGCAGGACGGGCGACUGGAGGUCUGCGUCCAGGCCGCGGAUGGCACCGAGAUGGUGGUGAAGGAGGUCCUGGCAGGGGACAGCAUCCACAGCCUCCUCAGUAUCCUGGACAUCAUCACAGGCCACCCUGCCCCAUACAAGACGGUCUCAGCACGUGCGGCCAUCCCCUCCACCAUCCUCCGACUGCCGGCCGAGGCUCUGCAAGGCGUGUUCGAGAAGUACCCUGAGACCCUCGUGCGGGUGGUGCAGAUCAUCAUGGUGCGCCUGCAGCGGGUGACCUUCAUGGCUCUGCAUGACUAUUUGGGCCUGACCACGGAGCUCUUCAAUCCCGAGAGUCAGGCCAUCCCUCUCGUGUCUGUGGCCAGCGUGGCCAAGAGGCAGAUGUCAGUGGGCCUGGAUGGGCGCCUCGAGAAGCCUCUGAGACCCCAGGAGGGCUCUGACCCAGAUGGAGGGGGUGCCCGCGUAAGUGGCUCGGGCCCCCAGCUACAGAGAAGCAUGUCUGUCCCGUUGCCAUCUGUCCACAAGGAAGUUGAGAUCCUGCUCCCAGUCACGGAGGAGCUCCUGAAGGCCCCGGUUGGCAGCCCUGGCCCUGCGGCCCCACCAGGCAGCACAGUGGGGGCCUACUCAGACCUGCAGGUGUCCUAUGACUGUGCCCGGGCCGUGUCGACUACAGAUGAGCACGUUGGGAGCUCUGUGACUGGCAAGUCUAAGAAGAGUGUGAUGGUGUCUGAGACCCCAUCUGCAGUCUUCCACUACUCAGAGAGCCACUCUGACGAGGGUGUGGCCAGCAGGAAGACGGACGCCAUCUUCAGAGCUGCCAAGAAGGACCUGCUCACACUGAUGAAACUGGAUGAUCCCUCUCUGUUGGACGGUCGGGUGACGUUUCUCCAUGUACCAGCGGGCACUAUGGUGUCAAGGCAGGGGGACCAGGACGUUAACAUCCUCUUCGUGGUCUCGGGGCUGCUCCACGUGUACCAGCGUGAGAUCGACAGUGAGGAGGACACCUGCCUGUUCAUCACACACCCCGGGGAGAUGGUGGGCCAGCUGGCUGUGCUCACGGGCGAGCCCCUAAUCUUCACCAUCAAGGCCAACAGAGACUGCUGCUUCCUGUCUAUCUCCAAGGCACACUUCUAUGAGAUCAUGCGACAGCAGCCGUCCGUCGUCUUGGGUGUUGCUCACACAGUCGUGAAGCGCAUGUCUUCCUUCGUGAGGCAGAUCGAUUUUGCGCUGGACUGGAUGGAGGUGGAAGCCGGGCGUGCAAUCUACAGGCAGGGAGACAAGUCGGACUGUACCUACAUCGUCCUCAGCGGCAGGCUGCGCUCGGUCAUCCGGAAGGAAGAUGGGAAAAAGCGCUUGGUGGGCGAGUAUGGCCGGGGAGACCUCAUUGGAGUGGUGGAGAUGCUGACUCACCAGGCCAGGGCCACCACGGUGCACGCCGUGCGGGACUCGGAGCUGGCCAAGCUGCCUGUGGGAGCCCUGACGUCCAUUAAACGCAAGUACCCCCAGGUGGUGACCCGGCUGAUCCACCUCUUAGGUGAAAAAAUCCUGGGCAGCCUCCAGCAGGGCACCGCAGCAGGUCACCAGCACGGGCUCCCCAUGGCAGGCAGCCAGUGGGACUUGGGGAAACCAGCCGGCAACCUGGCCACGGUGGCCAUCAUGCCUGUGUCUGAGGACGUGCCCCUGCCUGCCUUUGCCCUGGAGCUCCAGCACGCUCUGCGCGCCAUUGGUCCCGUCCUGCUGCUGACCAGUGACAACAUAAAACAGCGCCUUGGCUCUGCUGCUCUGGACAGUGUCCACGAGUACCGGCUGUCCAGCUGGCUGGGGCAGCAGGAGGACAUCCACCGGAUCGUGCUCUACCAAGCAGACAGCACGCUGACUCCCUGGACCCAGCGCUGUGUCCGGCAGGCAGACUGCGUCCUCAUCGUGGGCCUAGGUGAACAGGAACCCACUGUGGGCCAGCUGGAGCAGAUGCUGGAGAACACGGCCGUGCGCGCCCAGAAGCAGCUGGUCCUGCUGCACCGGGAGGAGGGCCCCGAGCCGGCCCACACAGCCGAGUGGCUGAACAUGCGCACCUGGUGCUCGGGCCACCUGCACCUCUGCUGCCCACGGCGCGUCUUCUCUCGGAGGAGCAUGCCCAAGCUGGUGGAGAUGUACCAGCGAGUCUUCCAGAGGCCACCCGACCGACACUCGGACUUCUCCCGCCUGGCGCGAGUGCUGACCGGCAACGCCAUCGCCUUGGUACUCGGGGGAGGGGGUGCAAGGGGCUGUUCCCAGGUGGGCAUCGUCCGGGCCCUGGCUGAGUCUGGCAUCCCCGUGGACAUGGUUGGAGGGACGUCCAUUGGGGCUUUCAUGGGGGCCCUGUACGCUGAGGAACGGAACUACAGUCGGAUGCGCAUCCGGGCCAAGCAGUGGGCAGAGGACAUGACCUCCAUGUUGAAUAUGGUGCUGGACCUGACCUACCCGAUCACCUCCAUGUUCUCGGGCGCGGCCUUCAACGGUGGCAUCUGCGCUGUCUUCAAAGACCGUCAAAUAGAGGACUUGUGGCUGCCCUACUUCACCAUUACCACAGACAUCACGGCCUCAGCCAUGCGGGUCCACACAGACGGCUCCCUGUGGAGAUAUGUGCGUGCCAGCAUGUCCCUGUCUGGCUACAUGCCCCCGCUCUGCGACCCCAAAGAUGGACACCUGCUGAUGGACGGGGGCUACAUCAACAAUCUCCCAGCGGAUGUGGCCAGGUCCAUGGGGGCGAAGGUGGUGAUUGCCAUCGAUGUGGGCAGCCAGGACGAGACAGACCUCACUAACUACGGUGACUCCUUGUCGGGCUGGUGGCUGUUGUGGAAGCGCUGGAACCCCUUGGCCACGAAAGUCAAGGUACUGAACAUGGCAGAGAUCCAGACACGCCUGGCCUAUGUGUGCUGCGUCCGGCAGCUGGAAAUGGUGAGGAACAGCGACUACUGUGAGUACCUGCGCCCCCCCAUCGACAGCUACGGCACCCUGGACUUUGGCAAGUUCGACGAGAUCUGCGAAGUGGGAUACCAGCAUGGACGGACAGUGUUUGACAUCUGGGUUAGAAGUGGUGUGCUGGACAAAAUGCUGAAGGACAGGCAGGAGACAAAGACCAAGGCCUGCAAUGUCCUCACUUGCCCCAACGCCUCCUUCACGGACCUUGCUGAGAUUGUGUCCAGGAUCGAGCCAGCCAAGGUGGCCACAGUGGACGAUGAGUCCGACUACCAGACGGAGUGUGAGGAGGAGCUUCUGUGCAUCCCCCGGGACACGAACGCCGACUUCCAGAUCGCCCCUGCCGAGGAGGACUCGGACUCGGAGUACGAACCCUCGCUCCGGCGCCGGCGCCCCCGUCUGGCCACCCAAACGUCAUCCCAGGACUUCUCCCCAUCCUCAUUUUCUGACCAGGAUGGGUAG